GUUCACUUUGUCUGCUUCAAUCUCACUGUUCUUGCACAGGUACUCGGUGUAGCCGUGCGCACAUAGUACCCGACGAGCGCAUCGCGAUUCAACUCGACCUGCAGACGACUGCAAGCCACCACACUCGCUGCUCGCUCCCUCGCAGCUCGCCCCCGCGAUGUCAUCCCCACCACAAGAGGACCAGCCCCUCCUCCCGCCCGGCACGCACCUCACCGCCGCGGCCUCCCGCUCCAAGCUCCAGGCAAGAAGAUACCUCACGCCGCCGGAAGGUCCGCCGUCGCCAAAAUCGGAAAAGGCGCGGGGGAAGCAGCGCGCAGUCGACACGUCGGACGAGGACGAGCCGGCCGUCCCCAAGGCGAAGGGUAAGGCGCGUAAGGCCGAGGCUGGUCGCGCCGUCACUGUCAUCUUCUCAAACGAGGAGGCAGGCGGUAACCUCGAAGUCUGGGUCGAGGACGGCGAGAGCGUGGGGCAUGUGAAGGAGAACAUCCGGCACUUGCGCCCCUCGCUCGCAGGGCUGCAACUGCGUCUGAUCCAUGCAGGCCGCCUACUAACCGACGGUAUUUUGCUCCUCCCGUGGCUCCGCAGCCUGGAGGAGCGGGUGCGCCGGCAGGCCGCCGGCGUGGGCGGUGAUGUUGGCGAGGUGCUCCGCGAAGUCGGCCUGACAGACGAAGGGGCCGACAAGCCGCGCCCCCCGGAGAAGAUCUACCUGCACUGUAAUGUUGGUGGCCCGCAAGCCGCUGGCGAGUCAACGCCCAGCGACGCGGCGGAGGAGGCGCCCGCGCCUAGGCGACGCGGAUUCGACGCACUCCUCGAUGCUGGACUCAGCCCUGAGGAGGUCGCGCAGAUGCGCCGCCAGUUCUACGAGAGCAGAGGGGAGGAGGUGCCCGAUGGGCUGGACGCUGGGGACGUCAAUGACGAGCAUGCGCGUGCGUUGGAGGAGCAGUGGAUUGAGGGAGACUUGACGCCAGCGACCGCGACUACCUCAACCGAAGGCAUGUACACGUCCAUACUGCACGGCCUCCUCAUCGGCUUCCUGGUGCCCCUGACGCCGUGGUUCUUCUUCCGGGACCCGCCGCUACCCAACUUCUUCGACGCCGAGGCGGAGGCGACAGACCUGCGGCGAAGGGAAGAAGAGGCGCAGAGGGCCGAGGACGAGCGCCGCGCCCGCGUGCACGCCGUAGCGAUGGGUCUCGCGGUGCCGCGCGACGACUCGGCGCGCCCGUCGACCGACACGACGGGCAACGCGAGCCCGAGCACCCCAAGCCUGCUGGAGGCGAUCGCGCCAACACAGCAGCCCAGCACGUCGACGACGGAUACCGUCUCUGCGCGCGUGUCCUCGUCCCCGCUGGUCGGAGCCGAGGUCGUCUCGUCGGUCGUGUUUGGCAAGCGCAUGCAGAUCGGCGUGAUUCUCGGGACCAUCAUCAACGUCUUGACUGGCGUUGCCCGGUUCGUCCUGACCCCGGGAUGAGUCGGCGUGCCCGACGACGGCGGUGACACGUGUGAGCGACCCACGGCAUGUAGUGAAGAUCGUGGCAUGUAACCAUAUGCUUUGUACCCCGCGGUCAUCUCGCCAUCUCGCCCGGCCGCAUCUCGUGUGCCUUCAUUAUCCAAGGCCUCGCCAUGACGACCCAUGUGGGAACGCUAGUGCCUAGCCGUUGCCCGCACGGCAUGUCGGUGCUGAAACACGUCCUGGAGGUGUAAUGUUGCGUUGUGUUCUGCCCGACCCGAUUCCCAUCAUUGUGACAGCGCGACGGGCAUGCCG